GAGCAUGUUCCAGAACCAACCACCAUUUCCCAAACUCACUAAACCUCUAUUCUCUCUUACACACACGAAAAAACCACUAAUACUAUCUAUUAUUCUCACAUCAACUCACCCCUUCAUUUCCUCCAAAUUACACAUAUUGCCACCACCUUUCUUCUUCUCUCAUCACCCCUUCUUUCUACUCCAAAUUUCCAGUUUCUACCACCAUCUCUUCCUUCUAUUUUAGUCCCACACGUGUGAAACAUGAACUCUCUUCAAUUCCGUUACGCUCUCUCUCCUCACUCAACAAACCCCCGAUUUUCUCGCACUUUCCCGCCUCAUUUUCAUUUUCCAACAAAUUCGCGCUUUCUCUCUUUCACAAAACUCAAUGGAAGUAAAAGAAUAACCAGAAGAAAGCAAUAUUUCUCGAUUUGCUCUUCCUCCAAAACCGAUUCUCAGAUUGAUAGGAUUCCGAUUGAGAAAAACGAUGAACGGCCUCCGUUUGAUAUCAACCUUGCCGUUAUUCUUGCUGGCUUCUCAUUUGAAGCAUACACAACUCCACCUGAAAACUUGGGUAGGCGUGAAGUUGAUGCAGCUGGUAGCAAGACAAUCUAUCUUUCUGAGGAAUUUUUUCGUGAACUUUAUGAUGGACAACUCUUCAUAAAGUUGAAAAAAGGAUCCAGUUUUCCUGCCAUGGAUCCAUGGGGAACAAGUGAUCCAUAUAUGGUCAUACAGAUGGAUUCUCAGUCUGCUAAAAGCAAUAUCAAAUGGGGGACAAAAGAGCCAACAUGGAAUGAGGAGUUUACUUUUAAUUUUAAGCGGUCUUCAAACAAAGCUCUACAGGUUGCAGCUUGGGAUGCAAACCUUGUAACCCCUCACAAACGCAUGGGAAAUGCAGUUGUUGAUUUGAAAUGGCUUUGUGACGGAGAUACACAUGAAAUACUGGUAGAAUUGGAAGGAAUGGGUGGUGGUGGAGAGGUUUGGCUGGAGGUUAAGUACAAGACCUUUGAAGAAAUUGAUGAUGAGAAAAAGUGGUGGAAGAUACCUUUUGUGUCAGACUUUUUAAAGAAGAAUGGUUUUGAUUCUGCACUCAGAAAGGCUAUUGGUUCUGAUACAGUACAAGUCAGCCAAUUUGUGGAGUAUGCAUUUGGGCAAUUGAAGUCAUUUAACAAUGAGAAGGGUCGGAUGUCUGAUGAUGAUAAAUAUGAUAUUGAAUGUUCUGAGGAUUCAAAUGAAUCUGCUUUUAUGUUGAAGACGCCUUCUCGUGAGGCUGGUAGUUCAGAAGUCUCUAGUGAACAAAGAAACAUUGAAGAGUUUCGCUCACUUGACAGUGAAACUGGAAAUGAACACGCUUUGGAAUCAUCACCACAACUUAGUGAGGACGAACUGUCAAAUCAACGUUUUUGGAAGAAUUUUUCCAAUGUUAUCAAUGCCAACAUUGUUCAAAAGCUGGGUCUCUCUGUUCCGGAGAAAUUAAAGUGGGACGGACUGGAGUUUCUAAACAAAAUUGGCUCGCAAUCCCAAGAUAUUGCAGAAGAUGUUUAUAUUCAAUCUGGUCUUGCGAUUCCUGGAGGCACAGAUGAAUCAGACAAUAAAACAAGUGGUCAGCCUGCCAUUGCUGCAAUCCAGUCUUCACUUCCAGAGGUCAAAAAGGUUAGUGAGAAAUUGAUGAAGCAAACUGAAUCAAUUUUAGGAGGUUUAAUGCUUUUGACGGCAACAGUUUCCAAAAUGAAAGAUGAAGGACAUUCUUCUGAAGAGAGGAAAACCAAAGACGAGUCUUCCAAAGGAGUAGGCAGUGAUGUUCAAUAUUCAACUAGUGAGAAGUCUCCUAGCCUAGAAAGCGGAUCAUUGUUGAUUGAUAAACAAACUGAAGAAAUGAGAGCACUUUUUUCAACUGCUGAAAGUGCCAUGGAGGCCUGGACAAUGCUGGCCACUUCACUAGGUCAUCCUAGUUUCAUUAAGUCUGAGUUCGCAAAGAUAUGUUUCUUAGAUAAUGCAUCAACCGACACACAGGUUGCAGUUUGGCGUGAUUCGGUGCGAAGAAGGUUAGUGAUUGCAUUUAGGGGAACAGAACAGACAGCAUGGAAGGACUUAAUAACGGAUCUUAUGGUUGUUCCAGCCGGGCUAAAUCCUGAAAGGAUUGGUGGAGACUUCAAGCAAGAGGUUCAAGUUCACAGUGGCUUUCUAAGUGCAUAUGAUUCAGUAAGGACCAGGAUCAUUUCUUUGAUUCGACUUGCAAUUGGUUACGUGGAUGAUCAUUCUGAGUUCACCCACAAAUGGCAUGUUUAUAUAACCGGUCAUAGUUUGGGUGGUGCAUUGGCUACCUUGCUCGCCCUUGAACUUUCAUCAAAUCAAUUAGUUAAGCGAGGAGCGAUUUCUAUCACUAUGUAUAAUUUUGGUUCUCCCAGGGUUGGUAACAAAAGAUUUGCAGAGGUUUAUAAUGAGAAAGUUAAAGAUAGCUGGCGAGUUGUGAAUCAUAGAGAUAUCAUUCCUACUAUACCCCGAUUAAUGGGUUAUUGUCAUGUCAAUCAACCUUUAUUUCUUGCCGCAGGCGUUCCAACAAAUUCCCUAGAGAAUAAAGAUAUUUUAGGACAUGGUUACGAAGGUGAUGUUCUUGGGGAAUCCACACCAGAUGUUAUAGUCAACGAAUUUAUAAAGGGCGAAAUGGAACUUAUUGAGAAGUUGUUACAAACUGAAAUUAAUAUAUUCCGCUCAAUCAGAGAUGGAAGUGCUUACAUGCAGCAUAUGGAGGAUUUUUAUUACAUCACAUUGCUAGAGAAUGUAAGAUCAAAUUACCAAGUUGCCUCGAGGUCACAAGAUGUAAACACCAGCGUAUCCUGAGUCGACAAGGGCUCAUGGUUGCAAGGCCAGACAGCUGAGAUCCAUGUACAAAUCUACAUACAAACUGGGAGAAGUUAUGGAAAAAAAACACAUAUAUUUCCUUAUCAUAUCACCUUCAGCCAAAUCUUUAGUGGUAUUUAUGCGAUGAAAAUGGAAGCAUCGUAGUACUUUCAGAUUCAUAACUUUUGCAAAUGGAAAGAUGGGCACGGCUCGAUACAGCAAGUGGACAUAAUUUCAGGAAUUUAACACUACAAUAAUUUUUGCCUAGUUGUUGUUCAUUUGCAAUGUUGUCAUAUAUGGAUUUAUAAUUUUGUGGUAUUUAUAACUUGGAUAAUGCGACCGAUAAUUUUUUCACAUUGCACCUCAUUAUACAAGUUUAUAAAAGUUUCGUAUCUUCCAGUUUGGGUACCCAUAAACUUGUUCUUUGUAAAGAGGCACCUGUUCUUAUCAAUGUAGCUAGACUGUUCAUUUUAA